UAUUGAAAAGGGGUCGUCCUCGUCACCUCUACUCUGCCUGCAGAGCCUCUGAAGUCUAAGUCUGAGCUAGUGCCAAACUAGUUUCUCUGUCAAGAAUCUUCAGAACUUGCGGUACUCUUUGAAUUUAGUGGAAGCUAAAUACGCCUGUUGUCCAAAACCGCCAAGUAUGGCAACUAAUCCCCCGUGGAAUCCCCAGGAAGAAGGCUUUAAGGAGAUCUGUGGUUUAUUGGAGAAGCAGAUUUCUCAUCCUUCUUCUGCUGACAAGUCUCAAAUUUGGCAGCAACUCCAGCACUACUCUCAGCUCCCCGACUUUAACAAUUAUCUUGUCUUCAUUCUUGCACGUGCUGAGGGAAAACCGGUGGUGGUUCGACAGGCUGCAGGCCUAUAUCUGAAGAAUAACCUUAGAACCACAUAUAAAUCCAUGCUUCCUGUUUAUCAGCAAUAUGUGAAAUCAGAGUUGCUGCCUUGUCUUGGAGCAGCAGACAGGAACAUCAGGUCCACAGUAGGAACCAUUCUGAGUGUUGUUGUUCAACUUGAGGGAGUUUUGGGGUGGCCUGAACUAUUGCAAGCCCUAUUAAAUUGCUUGGAUAGUAAUGAUUUAAAUCACAUGGAAGGUGCUAUGGAUGCUUUAUCCAAGAUAUGUGAGGAUAUUCCGCAAGUACUUGAUUCAGACAUACCUGGGUUAGCAGAACGACCAAUCAACAUAUUUCUUCCCAGAUUAUUUAGGCUUUUCCAGUCUCCUCAUGCCUCAUUAAGAAAGCUUUCAGUGGGUUCUGUGAAUCAGUACAUUAUGUUGAUGCCAUCUGCUUUGUAUGUAUCCAUGGACCAAUAUCUUCAGGGUUUAUUUAUUCUUGCAAAUGACCCUGCUGCAGAAGUGCGGAAGUUGGUUUGUGCAGCAUUUGUUCAACUAAUUGAAGUCCAUCCAUCUUUUUUAGAGCCUCAUCUAAGAAAUGUUAUAGAAUACAUGUUACAAGUCAACAAGGACACAGAUGAUGAAGCAGCUCUUGAAGCCUGUGAAUUUUGGUCUGCUUAUUGUGAUGCUCAACUGCCACCUGAAAACUUGAGAGAAUUCUUGCCUCGUCUAAUUCCAGUGUUGUUAUCCAAUAUGGUUUAUGCAGAUGAUGAUGAAUCACUUGUUGAAGCUGAGGAAGAUGGUUCCCUUCCUGAUCGAGAUCAGGAUGUUAAACCUCGAUUCCAUGUAUCAAGAUUUCAUGGUUCAGAGGACAUUGAAGAUGACGAUGAUGAUGUUGUCAACACAUGGAACUUACGGAAAUGUAGUGCUGCUGCUCUUGAUACUCUAUCAAAUGUGUUUGGAGAUGAGAUUCUUCCAACUUUCAUGCCUAUUGUUCAGGCUAAGUUGUCAACCAAUGGUGACAAUGCUUGGAAAGAAAGGGAAGCUGCUGUCUUGGCUAUUGGUGCCAUAGGCGAGGGUUGCAUUAGUGGACUUUAUCCUUACUUGCCUGAGAUUGUGGCUUUUCUUAUCCCUCUUCUUGAUGAUAAGUUUCCUCUAAUACGAAGCAUUUCAUGCUGGACACUUUCUCGUUUCAGCAAAUUUAUUGUUCAGAGUAUUGGGGAUCAAAAGGGCUAUAAGCAAUUCAAUAAUGUUCUUAUGGGCUUUUUACGAAGAAUUCUGGAUGAUAAUAAGCGAGUGCAAGAGGCAGCUUGUUCAGCUUUUGCAACACUGGAAGAGGAGGCUGCAGAAGAGUUGGCUCCGCACUUGGAAAUUAUACUAAAGCAUCUAAUGACUGCCUUUGGGAAAUAUCAGAGACGAAAUCUCAGAAUUUUGUAUGAUGCUAUUGGAACUCUAGCUGAAGCUGUUGGGCGACAGAUAAAUAAGCCGGUUUAUCUUGAUAUUCUGAUGCCACCAUUAAUUGAGAAGUGGCAGCAGCUUUCUGACGCAGACAAAGAUCUCUUUCCAUUGUUCGAAUGCUUCACAUCUAUAGCACAUGCAUUGGGUACUGGAUUCUCUCCCUUUGCUGAGCCUGUAUUUAGGAGGUGCAUAAACAUAGUCCAGAACCAGCAAUUCACAAAGGUUGAUCCAGUUAAAGCUGGGGUUCAGUAUGACAAGGAAUUUGUUGUAUGCUCUCUUGAUCUGCUUUCUGGACUAGCAGAGGGUCUUGGCAUUGGAAUAGAGAGUUUGGUUUCACAAAGUUCUUUGAAUGACCUUCUUCUGCGUUGUUGUGUGGAUGAUGCACAUGAUAUUCGACAAAGUGCCUUUGCUUUACUUGGAGACCUUGCAAGAGUGUGCUCAAUUUACUUGCGCACUCAUUUGUCUCAGUUCAUUGAGGCUGCAACCAAGCAACUGGAAACUUCUAAGAUAAAGGAAGCUAUUUCAGUAGCAAAUAACGCGUGCUGGGCUAUUGGAGAAUUAGCAGUUAAGGUUCGCCAAGAAAUAUCUCCCUUUGUUUUGACUAUUUUUUCAUGCUUGCUCCCGAUUCUUCAGCAUUCAGAGGGACUACAUAAGUCACUCGUCGAAAACAGUGCAAUAACGCUGGGAAGGCUUUCAUGGGUCUGCCCAGAGCUGCUAUCACCGCAUAUGGAGCAUUUCAUGCAAUCUUGGUGCACAGCUUUGUCAAUGAUACGUGAUGAUAUAGAGAAAGAGGAUGCUUUUAGAGGCCUGUGUGCUAUGGUCAGAACAAAUCCUUCUGGAGCUCUAAGUUCGUUUGCUUAUAUGUGCGAAGCUAUUGCAAGUUGGCAUGAAGUACGAAGUGAAGAUUUACGCAUUGAACUAGGCCAGAUCUUACAAGGAUAUAAACAGAUGCUAGGCAAUGGAGCUUGGGACCUCACGUCUGCUUUGGAACCCACAGUAAAAGAAUCGCUUUCAAAAUAUCAAGUAUAAGACAACUGUACUGUAUUUAGUGUCGCAGAAUGACCCGAGUUUGCAGAGCUUGUGAGCCUCAUCUGGAUCGGCCUUAUUUGGUCAUUUUUUGCAUUUUCCAGCAAAAUUGGAGUCCUGGCUUACUCUUGGCAGUGCCCAGAGUUGGUCCGGGUUUUCAUCGAGAAUUAUCAUCAAAACUCAUCCUAUUCAAUUGGUCUUUGAUGGGUACAUGAUGUGCCUCAAGUCUUAGAUCUCAGUUGAUGUUCUUUCCCAUGAGAAAGUCUUCUGUUUAGGGUUGGCUUGUAAUAUGAAUUAGUGAACGGGGGAGAGGCAUGUAAGAGUUGCCGGGUAUUUCAUUCUUUGCUGUCCGUACACUGAUGCUUAGAUUUUAAUUCGAGCUCCUUGUUCAUCA